UUCAUCGCACGUGUGAUUGCCGCAAAACGUCAGUUCGUAACAAAAAGGGUGAGAUUUUUUUCCGUUCAUUUCGCAACUCCGUAAACAAAGUUCGUGAACUGCAUGAAAUUCUUACCAAAACUUCGCAUUCUCUAAAGCGAUACUGUUUUUUUUCCGUUCCCCUCUGCUGCCACUUUUAAUUUUCCUACUGCUGUCUGGUCAUGGCCGGUGGUGCCGCCUCCCGUUCGCUCAAGAUCUUCGUGGGAAACGUUCCGUGGACCGUCGGUCACCGCGAGUUGCGUAACUACUUUGCCCAGUUUGGAAAGGUCUCGUGGGCCCAGGUCAUCUUUGACCGGCGAACCGGCCUCUCCAAGGGCUACGGCUUCGUGUCGUUCCAGAAGGCGUCGGCGCUGGACAAUCUGGACGCGACCAAGAAGCACACCCUGGAGCAGAACACGAUCUUCUUCCAGCCGUCGGAAUAG